AUGAAGAAAUGGCAUCCUCAUGGGCGGCGCAUGAUUGGCGUCAAGCUUCGGCCUAGGUCCAUGGUGAUAAUCACCUUUGCUAUGGUGUCGGCCUACUUUCUCUUGUUCAGCGGAAGUCCCAACAUUCAAGUUGUCCCCUUCGACCCCAAGGCCCAACCUGGAAGUGGCAAUGGCAACGGCGCCAAUACUCAACCCAACGAACAGACCGAGGAUCAAUACUCUAGCAUUCAGCGAGAACUGUGGGAGCUCACGGCUCAAGAUCUUAAGGAUUGGUGGGAUCCUACCGACAACGAGGACCCCAAUGAUGUUGAGCCUGGCUACGAGACUGAUGGAAAGGACAGAGGCUUCGGGUCUCUCGGCAAGCUGCAACAUGAGAAGGAUAUGAGAAAGGAAUGGAGACACGCUUAUUCCGUCACCUCCAACUUCCCCAAUUCGAACCUCAUUUACGGAAAGACGUUGGCGAACCUCGAGUUCCAGGAACAGCGAUCCGAUGACUUCAGCAAAGACUUGCGAUUCGACGCUGAUGCCGAUGUCGAGUACAGUGCCGAGAAGCCAGUUCGCUACGACCCCUAUCCUUCAUACAACAGCGCCACCUGGAAGGAGGCUGGCUAUGCCCAGUACUUCCCCUGCAAGGGCGCCAAUGGAGAGGUUGUCGAGGACCUUCUCGUCUUCAAGGGACGACCACGCGAGUGGCCGCUCCCUCGCUUUGGUAGCUUCGACGCUUUGAAUAUGGACCCCAACCUCUGCUGGGAGCGGGAGACACGACUUGGUCCCUAUGGUCUGCACCGUCAGUAUAAGAAGGUCGGUGGCGAGCCUCAGCCUCUGAACUGGGACACUGUCAACUGGGGCGAUCUCCAACGGGCCUGUCUUCACAGAAACGCUCAGCGUUUCGACAUGAACAGAGAGCGUGUCAACGAGUACCUUAACGUGUACCCAGAGACUGUCAUUGGACCUCAGCUGCCUGAGCAACCCGAUGUCCCUGGACAAGUUGCGCCAGUUUUGCCGGGUGGUGCGUCAGCUGAGCAAGCCGCUCCUGGUGUUCCGGUUGCGCCGGUUGCUCCAGUCGCCCCUGUUGUGCCAGCUGGCCAGGGUGAUCGGCCAAACCUCAUGAAGCGACAAAUUGAAGUCACACUGCAAGCACCCAAUGUCGACGAAACCGUAUCAGAGCAGGAUUCUAACAACGCUUCCAACGAGUCCCCGGACCGGUCUCGGGAAGAGCCAUCAGCCGAUCCUAAUGAUGGAACUGUCAAUGCACCUCUCAACGAGACCUCUAGCGAGCCCAGCACUGCGCCUUCGACCGAAUCUCCUGAUGAGUCCUUCAGCGAGUCUCAUGAAAAUGCGGAUGAAACUGCCAACAAGCCAUUGGACGGCUUCGACGAGUCUUUGGACAAGCAUGUUCGUAUCGGCAGAAGCACCAAGAACCCCACAACCGGCUUUGUUUCCGAGGCCCGAACUGCUAUUCUUCUGCGUUCCUACACCGGCAAGGACUACACGGAGAACGACAAGCAGGUGAUCCGUGCCCUCGUUUCUGAGCUGUCUCUCAAGACUGGUGGCCAGUAUGAGGUCUUCUUGCUGGUCCAGGUCAAGGACAACAACCUCCGCAUCUUCGAUGAUGACGAAGUUUACCAGUCGGUUCUGUCUCAGAGUGUUCCAGCCGAGUUCCGCAGCAUGACGAUCCUUUGGAAUGAUGAAGUUGUCUGGAACCUCUACCCGAAGUUGACCGACGAGGAAUCACGAAAUGUCCACACAGCGCAGUGGCUCUCUGUGCAAAAGUUCAGCCAAGACUACCCACAGUUUGACUAUGUCUGGAACUGGGAAAUGGAUUUCCGCUUCACUGGCCACCACUAUCACCUUCUGGACAAGCUCGGAGAGUUUGCCAAGGCACAGCCUCGAAAGCUGCUCUGGGAAAGGAACGAGAGGUGGUACAUCCCGUUGUUCCACGGCGACUAUGACUCGGCUUUCCGCAAGGACGUCGAGGGCCGAUACGGCGAUGACACCAUCUGGGGCCCCCCGAACCUGCCCUUCAUCAACCCUAUCGGGCCCAAGCCUCCGGUCGAGAGGCCUUCGCAGGACAACUAUGAAUGGGGAGUCGGCGAGGAAGCCGACAUGAUUACCGUCUCGCCCAUGUUCAACCCUAUCGGUAGCAACUGGGUCAUUGCUAACCAAGUCUGGGGCUACAAUGAUUCGACACACCGAUCCCAGGAUGUCCCCCGACGAACCACGAUUGUCACACAGUCUCGAGUCUCCAAGCGUCUCCUCAACAUCAUGCACGUCGAGAACCUCCGUGGAAACCAUGUGGCCUCUGAGAUGACGCCACAGACAGUCGCUCUUUUGCAUGGUCUCAAGGCAGUGUAUGCUCCCCAUCCUGUCUUUAUGGACCGAGACUGGAACGGAAAGUUCUUGAACAAGUGGUUCAACCCCGGCGAGAAUGGCGAAUGCGGUGGCCGCGGCAGUCCUAUGGGCUGGGGACGUGAGCGAAGAUAUAUCGGCUCAACUUGGUACUACAGAGCCAUACCACCCAACCGACUCUACAACAACUGGAUGGGUUGGGUCGAUACCGGCAUUGGCGGCCGAGAGUGGGAGGAGAGGCAUGGCCGCCCAUGCUUGCCCCCGAUCAUGCUGCACCAGGUCAAGAACACUGAGCCAACCUCAGAGGGUCAUGAGACCACCUUUGAGUUGGCCUAUGGCUGA